AUGUUUGGAGUAAAAGAUGCUAUAUUCAAAAUCAAACGUUCCUUUGGGGGUACAGAUUCUUCAGACUCCACUGCCUACACUACAGCAAACCAAUCCCCCUCCCAAAUGAAAGAUAAUCAUAACCCUUUUCGAAAAAAAACGACAUCUAAUAGAACCAUGGUCGAGGACUGCACCUUACCAUCAGUGACGCUGAAUGGCUAUUUUCCCUCAACUAAAAACAAGCUCCUUACUCCUGAAAUGUGCGAUGAAAUAAGAUCCUUAAUGCCUACAAGAAUACAACUGUACACAGAGUGGAAUCUUUUAUAUAGUCUUGAGCAACACGGGUCUUCACUGCACUCUCUAUAUAGUAACGUUGCUCCAGAUAGUAGAGAGUUUAGAAGAGUGGGGUACGUAUUAGUAAUAAAGGAUCGUAAGAACGGGAUCUUUGGAGCUUAUAGCAAUGAAGCAUUUCAUCCCAACGAACACAGACAGUAUACUGGGAACGGAGAGUGCUUCUUAUGGAAGCUAGACAAAGUGCCUGAUGUUAAUAUAUCUGAAAAGGAGGAUCCUAAGAAAGAAGACAGAGAGGAAAGAUGGAGAUUUUCGGGUUAUCCGUUCACGGGAGUUAAUGAAUUUGCUAUAUACUGUACGUCUAAAUUUCUUUCAAUGGGUGCAGGUGAUGGCCAUUAUGGCCUUUUGUGCGAUGAUGGGCUCCUCCACGGUGUAUCGAACCCUUGUCUAACGUAUGGUAAUGAUGUUUUAAGUGCAGAAGGCAAUAAGUUCUCUAUAGUUGCUCUGGAAGUAUGGCGAGUGGGAUAG